AUGGGAGGCUGCUUCGCCAAGAGUCAAAAUGACGAUGAUGAUUCAGAGCACCCAAUUGAAUUUGCUGGUGGAAACGUGCAAGUCGUUUCCACUGAGGAGAGUUGGAAAGAGCAUCUAGCAGAAGCAAGCAAGGAUGGGAAAACGGUGGUUGCCAAUUUCAGUGCAACGUGGUGUGGUCCUUGCAGAAUGAUAGCGCCAUUCUACACGGAGCUGUCUGAGAAACAUCCAUCACUAGUUUUUCUUUCGAUCGAUGUGGAUGAACUAACGGAAUUGAGCACUUCGUGGGAGAUUAAAGCAACGCCAACGUUCUUCUUUCUGAGAGAUGGGAAACAAGUGGAUAAACUAGUGGGAGCCAACAAGCCAGAACUGCAGAAGAAGAUUACAGCGAUCGUAGACUCAGGCGGCGGCCAUUGUGAAGAGAAGUGA